UGGCGCAGUAAUAUGAGCGCGCAUUUGAUUCAUUUAAUGUAAAAGUGAGAAUUUUUGAGACAUACAUUUACAUUUAGAAUCAUGGAGAGAUCCCUGAAUCCUUUCGAGCCCCAGUUCGCCAGAAUCCACUCGGGGGAGCUUCGUCUGCGGGCCCCAAAGGAAGCUAGCAGCCUGCCCAUGCUUCCUUUGAAGCCCGCACUGGACGGCUGGACUGUUAUGAGGAAUGCUAGAGAACGUGUGGAGGUCCUCGGUGGUCCCGCAGCUGUGAGGAAUUACAAAAAUGUGCUGUCCCAGCACAUCCUGCAGUUCGGGAAGUACCGGGGACAGACGUUCAAGUGGGUCCUGGAGAAUGAUCUCGGGUGGGUUACUGGCGUACUGGCUACAGUCGCGUGUGCUGGCGAGAAGGAGGAGGGUACCCCCCUGUCGCAGAACAAGUUCCGUCUCCUGCAGUACGUGAAGAUGUACCCCAUGGUCCACGAGAUCCUGAAGGAGAAGGAGGCGAAGCGAAGGGUGGAGAAGUCUCUGGAGGAUGCCAAGCCGAGGAAGGUAAGUAUGCCGGCGACAGCGACCCGACCGUCCCAGGAGCCUCAUCUGAAGACCGACGUGAUGGAGGACCGAGACCUGGCUGCCGCAGUACGGGAGAUCGAGACCAUGGAGAUCCUCUCGGGUGCACGGUUCCUGCGUACCUGGAAACAGGUCCUGGACCCGUGUGACCUGAAGUGGAUCUCCAAGGCCCUCUUCCGCGUCAACCAGCAGGGAAAGCCAGAGAUGUGUUUUGACGUCAUCGACCACAUGUGGUACCACCCCCCUAGCCCCCCAUUGGUGUGCACGCAGCCGCCCAUUGCUGACAGGUACUUUGCCAGGCCCAUCUUUCUAUGGAUGCCUAAGAGACUGUGGGCUGUGAGGCUGGUUUGUCCGGACUUCAAGUGCCAGAAACAGGAGCUAAUUUCCUCUGGCAUCUACCGGACCCUGCGGAGAGUGUUGGCCAUGUCUGGCUUCUACUAUCUGGCUGCUGAGUACUUGGAGUGCACCAGAUGCAAGAAGAAGUUGAGCAGCUGGAACGAGGAGAUAGUGAGCCAGCUCGACGUGGGACACCGCCUCCAGUUUCCCUGCAUCUUGACCAGAAUGAUGGCUUGCGACAUGGAAGUGGUGAAGAUGCUGAGACAGCGGGGACUGGGGAACAGUGUCGCCAGACUCCGGCAGAACCUCUCGGAACUCCACGGCGAGGAGAUGCUCAGGAGGACGGCACACUACCUCAGCGACUGCCAGGCCUUCACCAGCGCCCAGAAGAAGGGACUCUUGGCUGUGGCCCAGUUUUCUCCCCCGCCCACGCCCCGGAAGAUCCCGUCCUGCCAGUGGCUUUCCUCCGUCUUCUGUCGAGACGUGAUGUCCAGACUGGAGGAAGUCAAGGCUUCCAUCACCAGCGUCUACGGGAGGAUCCUGAAAGUGGACUCCACCAAGAAAGUGGUGAGGAAGCUGCAGGGGACGGCUGCCGACACUGCCGCGUGGGCCACCAACGUGGGGAACGAACACGGCCAGGUGUUGAUGUCUGUCGUCACUGCUGGAGAGGGAGCUGGACUGGACGCCAUGUUCGACGGACUCCAGAGGAGGUACAGCGAGGCCAGAGUCAACCCACCUGAGGUUGUCUACGUGGAUCGUGACUGCUGUGGCACGAACUACGUAGGCAAGAAGUUUGAGCAGUGGUUCGCCACUCAGGUGAGGCUGGACAUCUGGCAUUUCAUGAGGAGGAUUGCGAGUGCUUGUACCACGGAAUAAUCGCACCCCCUGUACCCCCAGUUCAUGCGUCGUCUGUCCGGCUGCAUCUUCCAGUGGGACGAUGAGGACCUGACCGCCCUGAAGGAGGCAAAGCAGACUCAGGCCGCAGAGGAGGGUGUCAGCAUCCAAGGUCGAGAGCAGGAGUGGAUGACCAAGAG